CGUGCUCCUACUCUUCUGUAUGUAACAGUAUAUAAUGUUCAGCAAGGAGCGAGGCAUGUGUCCACUCCAUUUACGCAAAAAUCUGUGUUGCUAAAGGAGGAGGGGGACAAUGGACGUGAAAAUAUGGAGUCAGCUUCAUGCACACGACGGACUCCUGGAAAUGAUCCUAGCUCGCCUGCCCAUGCAGAACUUGGUCCAGUUGAAAAUCGUUUGCAAGCAAUGGAAAUCUCUAAUCGAUUCUCCAUAUUUCUCGAUGAUCAGACGCAAGGUUCCAAAUUCGGUGAAAACGAAUUUUCUGCUCUUGGAACUUGUUUAUCGAUUUGGACGAAUCAAGAAUAUGGAGUGGAUCUCCAACCCUCUCUAUCUGUGUGCAGACAAUGUGAACUGCACAAAAGUGCAGAUCUACAACCCCCUGCUCAACAGAUGGUACUCACGUCCAGUAUCAUUCCUCAAAUCAACCAACAAGAAGUUCUUUCUCCAGUCUCGUCAUAAGGAGUGGCAUCUGUUGUACGUUGGAGUCACAAAACAUCCAGAAGCGUCCGGUCUCUUGGUUUGCAGACCAUCUUCAGAGUCUAUAUCAGAGAUAUCUCCAAGUUCUGACCUGAUCGUGAUGCCGAAUCUAAAGGGAAUACUAUCAUUAGCGGUGGACGAAGAGACCUCCAGCUUCACGUUGAUCUCUGUAGCGAUGCAUUGCAGCGAGAGAGGAUGCCCUUGCAGAGAAAUCGUUUCUUUGCACACUGAAUUAUUUGACUCCGUAUCAAAGCAGUGGAAAGCAGGUCCUUGUUUCCAUACAGACCUGAAGGUGAAACCUUGUGUGCAAUGUAUCGCCAUGCCGAUCGCAAUUGGUCACUGCGUCUACUAUUUUCUGAGUUCUGGCCAUCUACAAGAUUGGAUCGGCGAGUUUGAGUCCUCGGCGGAGUUGCAGAACUGGGAUUUCGAUGUGGAGUGGAAUGGGCCUCACCUCUCAUUUGAUUGGAAGGAGAACUCUUGGAAGGUGCUGGCUGGUAAUCUGCCGCAAGGUCUGGCAACUUUUCAGAACAUCACGAUGUUCGAAAGAGAUGGAUCACUGGUACUGGCGGAGCUGACUCGGACUGAAGAUGCGGAUUGGAGGACGUCUCUAGGAUGGAAACCUAGAAUAUAUUCAUGGAAUCCAUCAAUCACCCCUGACUCCAUCAUCUGGACCGAAAUUCCAGUCUCCGUGCCCCCCAACGAAGAGGACUUUCAGGAGCUGUUUCAUCACCAGAAGGGAAGAAGGUACGUAGGAAGUUGGAACGGGCAAGGGGAUCAUAUCAUUUUCCUUUCAAGCUUGUUCUGGUCGCAUCGGGCUUUGGUGUACAACAUGACUACUAGGAAGUGGACGGUGACAGUUUUUACUUCCGAAGGUCCCACAACCUCGGAAGUAAAACGGUUCAUCCCAGUUCCAACGGCAACUUUUUGAAAAAUAAAUGUAAUACUGUAAUCACUACGUUCAAACUUCUCUUAUGAGUUUCCAGAAAGUAUUCACUCUAUUGGCUAGUUUUGUCAACUGUGGAAAAAGGUGAUUUUGCUCACAAUGGGGCUCAUGUGCAAUUCGAUUGCAAGGGGCAUGAAUGAGCAUUAGAUGGUAGAUUUCCAUUUAAGAUAAUAAAGUUUGCAAACAUCCAGUCGAUUGAA